ACGUUUUUGAGCAUAUAAUAGCAGAGAAGAGAGUCACGUCUGUACGUUUAAAAAUAAUUGCCCGGGAUUUGCAAAUUUAAUUCCAGUAUCUCUGUUGAGUGUGACGUGGUGUAUUGAGAAAUAGCUAGCUGGUCUGGGAUGAGAAAUUAUAACAAUAUCAGUAAAACUAGUUGUAAUAACCCCAAAUAAGACCAAGGGGAACUUCUGUGGUACAAAAAGGACAAUUUGAGUCCAGGGUAGUUGGCAGCUUAGUAUGGAGGAUGAAUUGGAAGACAAAGUGUUGUAUCAAACUUAUGCAUCGCAUAUGAAACUCAUAUCUAAAUUUGCUGUAGGCAUUCCUACAGGGUUCAACACUGGCACUAAUACACCAAUUGGAUACCUUUGGAGAAUCAUGCGUCUCUACAUCCUUAAACCUGAGAUAUUAGUCUGCGGAUUAGCUCUUGUUCUCGUUCUCUUCUCACUUCAGACCGUUGAUUUAUGGAGUAGAACACUGUUGGAUAAAAUUCAGUACUCUUUUGGCUGGUCAACUUCCACGUUUCAGUUUUUGGUAAGCAGUUCUGUAAACAAUGGAGAAAAGCUCAGUUGGGAAUUAACAGAAGGUUACAUAUCUGCAUAUGCUGUACAAGGGCGAAGAGCGAGGAUGGAAGAUCGUUUUGUAGUUAACGAUAACAUCAAUGGCACCGGAGUCUCGUUGUUUGCAAUUUUUGAUGGGCAUGGUGGAGAAUUUGCUGCUGAUUAUGCCAGGGACAAAUUAAUACCUAAUAUUAAUGACAAGAUUAUUGAGUUGAAGAAUAUAAUUGCUGGAACGCCUACGGAAUUCGAAACAGAAAAGAUAGAGCCUACAGUCAAAGCUGAAUCGAAAAAUGAUGAUACAUUUAAAAAAGGUGACAGCUCUAAUGCCAGAGAGCGCCGCAAGUCCUUUCGCAAGACCAUGAGCACCUCACUAACUGAUGAAUCUAUCAAGAACUAUGCUGGUAUUACUGAUCCUGAAUUGCUUAGUAAAUUGGACAGUCUUACGCGCCCAAUUACCAGAGAGGUGAGACCCAGUCGAAUGGAUGCAAACCCAUCUCCAAAAAUCAACGCUGCUGCAUAUAUUGAUGGUGAUAAUAUAAACUAUGCUAGACUAUUGACGGAUGAAGUUCUUGCAGUGGAUAGGCUUCUGAUAGAUGGUGCAAAGAAGAAUAUGGAUAUUGCUGGCACUACAGCCCUGAUAGCGUUGCUGGAAGAUAGUAAACUUAUCGUGGCCAAUGUUGGGGAUUCCCGCGGAGUGAUGUGUGAUGGCAAGGGAAAUGCCAUACCCCUAUCGUUUGAUCACAAGCCACAACAACAAAGAGAAAGUAAGAGGAUCAAGGAAGCAGGAGGUUUCAUUGCAUUUAAUGGCGUCUGGAGAGUUGCAGGUAUCUUAGCAACGUCCAGGGCCCUUGGAGAUUAUCCUCUGAAGGAUAAAAAGCUUGUGAUUGCUGAUCCUGAUAUUUUAUCAUUUGAUUUAACCUAUCACAAUCCAAUGUUUCUCAUUCUGGCAUCAGACGGGCUCUGGGAUACAUUUAGUAACGAGGAAGCUGUUGCAUUUAUUAAGGAACACAUUAAUGAGCCUUACUAUGGUGCCAAAAGUAUUACGCUACAGAGUUAUUACAGAGGAUCAUUGGAUAACAUCACAGUGGUUGUGAUUAACUUAAAAGAUCGUAAAUACAGUGUGGCAACAGCAAAAAGAACAUAGUCCACUUACAAGUUUGUAGCAUUGGAUUUUCAAACAUUAUCAAACGAAUACCCAGCAUUCAGAUUCCCUAGUCAUGAAUCUAGCUACCAGACCUACACCUCGUGCAGCCUGAGGUGCAGGUAGCACCUUAGAUUUUCGAUAAUAGAAAUUCAAUUUUUAUUACAUAUUACGUGUUGUCACAGAUUAGCAAAUGAGAAUAUUUACCUGUUUUAUUAUUUCGUUGUAAGAUUGUGAAUUUAUUGAAGAGAAAAUUUUGUAUUGGGGCAUUUUAAUGAGUAUAUUGUUGACUCAUCUUCGAGCUAGCAGUCUAUUUUAUAUUCUGAACGCUGCUGUAUUGUCUUCCUGGCUUAGUAAAUAUUAUGUAUAUUUGUAACA